AUGGCGGUGGCGGCGCUACGCAACCUGGCCGCCAAGAUACGGAUCCCCGGGCCUGCCGCCCUUCGGGCUUCGCCUGCGCCGGGUCCUCUGGCCAUCUCCCACUCCACAACUCCAAAGAGUGAUCUCGAAAAGGCUCUUCUCCUAAGAAACAAUAUUGAAUCUGCUACAUAUGUGGAUCUUCACUCUAGUGCAGAGGUGUUAGGCAAAUAUUGUGAGCACACUGAAGAAAUCAUCAAACAAUAUUCUGAUGUACAUGUGGAGGUUGGAAACAAGAUGCGUACACUUACGUUGAAGUAUUUCUUUACCUGUGUCGCAAUCUGUUUCACUGAUUCUAUGAUAAGCAACAAAGAUGAAGUCGUCCUUCAGGAGCGUCAAGGUGAAGGCGUGGUGGUUCAGGAGCGUCAAGUUGAAUGA